AAGUCUUCUUUUUUUCCGAUCAAUCCCGGGACGGUGCAGGUUACUACAGAGUUCCCCCACGGUGCUGGCAUCCUGCGCCCAACUUCCAGGAAAUCCUAUCUGAAGAGUUCCGUUAAGACGACAAAGUUCUGGCCCAGUUCUUGGUCCGUCUGGCUGUCUCUGGUCCCUGUUGGCUCUGUGAUUGAUCAGAGGGCUUCACGAAUGGAAAAAUGCAACAAAAUAAUGAAGCUAAUGGAGAGAAAGAAUGUGCUGUUUAUUGUGAUGGAGGAGAUUCACGGGUGAACCAUGGCCAGAGGCCACCGGAUCCCAGACAGAGCUUUGUGUUGUUCUUGGAAAAUUGCGCUCCAGUUGCGAAUACUUUGAACUUUGGAGUUUCUAGUCCAAUCCUCUUGAGCCUUCCUCAUUUGCAGCUUGCCCAGAUAAAGACUCAGUUGGCUCUUCAUCAAUUGACUUCUGUCACUUCGAACAGUACUUCUCCACUUUAUGCUUUGUUAAAUCAGGCUUUGUUGAAAUUAAGUACUGCUCACGCCAUGUUUAAUCGUGGAGGAUUCCCCGGGCAGCAGCCUAUGGGCCAUGUUCCUAUGACUCAACCCGCUAUGAGCCAUCAUGGAAUGAAUAUGCCGGCUAUGAACUUGUCGGGGAUGAAUCUGUCUGGUAUGGGUUUGGCUACCAUGAAUCAACCAGGUAUGGGUUUGGCUACCAUGAACCAACCAAAUAUGGGUUUGGCUACAAUGAACCAACCAAAUAUGGGUUUGGGUGCCAUGAAUCAACCAAAUAUGAAUCUCUCUGGUAUGAACCAUCCUGGCAUUAACCACCAACUUAUGGGCCCUCCUGUAAUGACACAUCAAAACACUGGCAUUUCUGGAAUAAAUCAGCCGAAUAUGAAUCUUAAUCGAAUGAACCACCCAAGCAUGAACCAAGCAGGUGGGAUGGGUUUCCACCAAGAAAGGAAUAAUCAAGCAUUUGGUAUGAGGGGAAUGGACAAUUCAGGAUCCUUUGGAACUUCAGACUCAAUGGGAAUGAAGGCAGUGCCGAUCAGACCACUUAUGCAUACACCUGAUAGACCUAUGGGUUCAAAAGUUUUACCACAACGAUUUGCAAGCCCAAGUGUCCCUGUGCGUCAAGGACAACCAAGAAUGUCAUCUCAGCCUCAAGAAAUUCCUUCAAUUGUGAAUCGUGUUGUGACACAUGCCUCCGAUCGCCUGAAGCAGAAUACCCCUUUACAGGAUCCUGCAAAUCUCAUGAAAGGAAAACGGUGGGAGAACGUCAAUGUCUUCGGGAAUUCCGGACGAGAAAUGGGAGCGCAGUCCAUCCCAGGUGGUCCUUCUCUCGAUCAAGUUUCAACCCCUCAGAAUCGCUACACAAAUGAAAGCGCUUCAAGCAUUUUAGAAAGCUUUGGCUUAUCAAAUGAAGACUUAGAAGAACUCAGCCGCUAUCCCGACGAUCAGCUGACACCAUCUAACAUGCCAGGUAUCCUAAGAGACAUCAGAUUACGCAAAAUGAAUCGAACUGCAUCUGUUCCUGAUCAGGCUGCUGGAAGAAGACCUGGAAGUGAAGCGGUACAAAGUAAAGUUAUAGAUUAUGGACAUUCAAGCAAGUACAAGUUUAAUGACCCAGCCACCCCUGCACGACCAAGAACUGAGCAGAAACCUCCGCCUGUGUCCAAAGAGCCUGCAGUGUCUGCUAAUACGAAGCCGAAGGCAAGUCCUCAAAAAGGAAUAGGAAUGGAUAACAAAAUUCCCACAAUAUCUGGAACAGGUAAACAUGGGUGGUCAGCUGCAAAGAAAGACAGAUCCAACAAUAAAACUCCAGGAGGAGACAAUAAAGCACCUGUUGACAUUUCAGUGACUGUCCCUAAUGUUGAGAGCCCUGUGAUCCUUGAUGUAGCAGCUCCUGUUCAAACUGAACUGAAGCCCGUGACUCAAGAUGUGAAUGUCAUCGGCCAAGUCUCCUACCAGCAGCCAGCUGAGCAGCCGGAAGCUGCGAAGGGCAACUGGGUGCCAGUCAUGUCCCAAGAAGAAGCUCAGAAAAUGAAGAAGCUGCCGACUCCUUCAAUGAUGAACGAUUACUAUGCUGCUUCUCCUCGGAUAUUUCCUCAUAUCUGUUCUCUGUGUAACGUAGAAUGUAGACACCUGAAGGACUGGAUUAAACACCAGAAUAACGCAUCCCACAUUGAAAGUUGCCGGAACCUACAGCAACAGUAUCCUGACUGGAACCCGCAAAACUAUAAUUCUGCAAGAAAUGAAGUCAAGAAAGAUGAAGCUAGCUCAAAGAAUUCAAAGUCUAAGAGCCCUAGCCCUCGAAGAGCUAGAAGGUCUGGAUCGAGGAACAGAGCACGUAAAUCACGUUCACGCAGCCCUAGAUCUUCCGGGAAAAGGUCUCGGAGUCGAAGCAGGAGUUCACGUAGAUCGCGGCAUAGCCCAAAGAGGUCGCGUAGUCCACAUCAGGGGACAAGGUCUCCACGUUCACGGUCACCCAGAAGAUACAGGCGAUCCUCUCAUAGCAAUUCUCCAGAUAAGAGGGCUGUGGAUGCAGCUGUGCAAAGUUUUAUUGAGGCCACCAAACUAAAAAGUGGUGAAAAGGCAAAGCCUACAAAACCAUCAAACAAUGGCAAGAAGCAACCAAAUUUGAAUCUCAAAAAUAAGAAGCCGGCUAAUGUAUCUGCCCCAAAGAAACCGGGCAGUACGUCUAGUACCGGCAGCUCAUCCAAGAGGCCUAGUAGCAACAAGGACUCUGAUCAAAAACCCGCUCUCCCUAAAAAAGCAUCUGGCAACUCUGACUUCAAGAAGACUGUUGUAAGCACUGGGGCCAAAAAGACUACUCCAAGCAAUACCUCUGGAAAGAAGCAACAGCCGAACAAACCCCAGAAUCAGCAUGCAAACAAAGCGAACAUUGGAAAGGUUAUUCACGUUACCAACCUGCCAGACAGCGGCUACACCGAACAAGACAUCCUGAAAGUUGUCCAGCCUUUUGGAAAAGUUUGCGAUAUCCUCAUUGUUCGUGCGAAAAAUGAGGCGUUCAUGAAAACCAACUUCAGAGAAGCGGCUACAGCAGCAGUGAAAUUCAGCGAGACUACUCCAAUCAUGAUAAACAACCAGCGUGUCACCCUGUCACUAACAGACAAGAUGGAACCAACCGUGGACAUAACGGAUAAGGAUGAAAAAGUAAAAGAACCUGCUAAAGCUCCAGCCCAAACAGCUACCCCAGAAAAAGAAGACACAGACAAGAAGCCGGAAGAGAUGGAAGUUCCUGCCGGUUUUAUCAAGCGCUACAAGCUGGUUGAUCCCCCUCAGAAGGACAGUGAGAAAUUUGUUAUAGUUAUAGCUAACUUACCAGAAGGCCAGUACACAGUGGAAGAAAUCACCAACUUGGCCAAGCCAUUCGGAGGCGUAAAUGACAUUCUCAUCGUUGCCAACCAUAGAAAGGCAUACCUGGAAUUGACCAGUAAGAAUUCACUGGAUUCAUUGCUUAAGUUUUACAGUGUUUUCCCUACUUACCUCAGUGGAAACCUGUUGUCUAUUUGCGUUGCACCGAGGUACAAAGACCUAAAAAAUGAGGACCUCAUCUUUGCUGAACUCCUAGAACAAGCUUCUUACCAGAUUACUCCUACAAUUUAUGAAAAGUUUGUCUAUCUCACAAAUCUCCCUGAAAAAAUUGAGGAUGAGUUUGAGAUCAUUCGUGUUGGCCUUCGAUUUGGGAAAGUUGAGCACCAUGUGUAUCUCAGUAAUAAGAAUAAGGCAAUACUUCACUUGCAUAGUGCCAGUGCUGCCAAAGCAAUGCAUAGCUUUUUGUCCCAGUAUCCAUGUAGCAUCAGGGAUAUUGUUGUGCAGUGUUCUGUCCCUUCCAGGAUGAAACUAGCUGAGGAGGAAUAUAUGACUUAUCUUGAAUUGGAAAAACAAAGCACAGUCAAAAACAUAGAGAAAAUUGCUCCAGCGGCUGAUAAAUCCAAAGAGCCUAACGAAAAGGCAGUUAAGUCUGAUGAAAAGCCAUUAAAAAAUCCAGAUGAAAAGCCAAUAAAAAAUACUGACGAAAGACCAUUAAAGCCUGACGAGAAGCCCUUCGAAAAACCUGAUGAAAAAACCCUGACAAAGCCUGAUGAAAAGUCUCUGACAAAGCCUGACGAAAAGUCUCUGACAAAGCCUGACGAAAAGUCUCUGACAAAGCCUGACGAAAAGUCUCUGACAAAGCCUGACGAAAAGUCUCUAAAAAAGCCUGACGAAAAGUCUCUGAAAAAGCCUGACAAAAAGCCUCUGAAAAAGCCUGACGAAAGGACCCACAAAAAGCCUGGGGAGAGACCUGUCAAAAAGCCUGACGAGAGGACCCAAAAAAAGCCAGUAGAGAGGUCCGCCAGAAGGCCUGAUGAGAGGUCCGCCAGAAGGCCUGAUGAGAGGUCUGCCAGAAGGCCUGAUGAGAGGUCUGCCAGAAGGCCCGAUGAGAGGUCUGCCAGAAGGCCCGAUGAGAGGUCCGUCAGAAAGCCUGAGGAAAGGCCCCACAAAAAACCUGAGGAAAAGCCCCACGAAAAGCCAGUCAAAAAGCCUGACGAGAGGACCCACAAAAAGCCUGAAGAGAGCCCAGUCAAAAAGCCUGAUGAAAAGCCCCACAAAAAGGAAGAGAACCUCUCAAACUCUGAAGAGGAGGUUAAGGUGAAAGCUGUCUCCUCCUCUCCUGUCAAUAUGUCUGAAAUAGAUGUAGACACAGCAGAUGAUGAAUUAUCAGCUCCACCUUUGCCUACUAAAGAUGCUGCGGUAUCGGACACUACCUCUGAUCAGGAUUCAAUGAAGCCCCCAAUCCCUGUAGCGAUUCCUUCAGUCUCUGUGGCAUUUGCAACAGAAGAUGAUGAUGGUGGUGAUGAGGAUGAUGAAGAGGAGGCGGCUGAGGCACCUGAAGCUACAGACACAUGCCCUAUGUAUGUACAGAAAGAACCAGAGACACAACGUCAUGAACCUCAACCAGUGUCUCAUCCACAAACCGCAGAAGAGUUAGAUAUUCUUGUGUCUGUGGAAUCUGAUGAAGAGGAAUCAGAAGAACAGUAUCCUAUUAGUGGUGGCACCAAGGGAGGUUCACAGCCUCUGUCAGUCUGGGAGAAGGAUACAGAAACCUCUGCUGAUGGUACAAGUGACAGCCCAGAGCCUGAUUCCCAGAGUAGUGUCCAGUUACCAACCAACACAAUGGAAGAAACCAAACUAAUCAGCCCAGGAAAGUCAGAGCUGAAAAGUAGAAGCUUAAGUGAUGAAGGAUCUAGGUCUGCAGAGGAGAAGUCCAGCAAAGACAAACCAGGGCAUUCUGAAAUGAUCAGGACCACAAAGUAUAAUGCCCAAAAGGGAGAGAUCUCUGUGACAGUCACUGCAAAAUCUGCAGAGUCCAGAAAGUGGACAUCAAAAGAGAGGGGAUCGUCCACUUAUGAAAGUAACACACAGAGAUCCAACAGCAACAGGUCCAGCCCAGCGGACAGCUCUUCCAGUCAUACAAAGUCAGGCUCCAGCUUCUCUCAGAAGAAAAACCCUGGAAAGUAUUCCUCUUCACAGUCAGAGAGGCAGUCCAAGGAUCUAUCCAGGAGCCGGGAGAGAGACGAUCGAUCUAGCAGCAGAAAGGAGGACAGAAUAAAAGGCAGUAGUUCAUCACGUUACAGCCGAAGCUCCAGGGGCAAUAAUCGUAGUCCAAGGUCUAAGGAGGAAGAGGACAUUUUCCCAUUCAAUAUGGACGAGUUUGUAACGGUAGAUGAGAUUGUAGAGGAGCACCUUGACUCCAAUAGCAGAUUAAAUGAGCCGGAUGAGAAGUCCGACACUACCAGAAGAGGAAAGAGGAAAGAAAGCGACCCUGUGCCCUCAGACAACAAAAAAUCUAGAGUGACCAGCUCAGGUGCACACGAACGGUCCUUUGUCACCUUAGACGAAGUCUGUGAGGAGGAAGAAAAUACCGCCACUGCUGAAGACAACCCAGCCGACCAGGUGGUCCAGUCCUUGGUGACGUUAGAUGAAGUGCAUGCAGAGGACGACCCUCCUAUGAGCACUAAAGAGCAGAUACUGAUGACCCUCGAUGAGGUGAGUGACGAAGAGGAUGCCCAGGACUCCCCCUUGGAGCAGAUCUCCUCAACCACGCCAGAGAUCUUAACUAAGGAUCAGCUACUCACCCUGGAUGAGGUCAAUGAGGAGGACGAGGAACAAGCAACAACCUGCGAGACUACCAACGUAGAGCAGUCAAAAUUACUAGAAAGUGCAGAGGACAACAAGACAGAACCAGAAGCAAAAACUGAAAUCCAGCAGCAGAAGCCCCCUGCCAAUCCAGACCAUACAGAGCAUCCCCUACUGACUCUGGAUGAGGUGAAAGCCGAUGAUGACGAGAUGCCUUUUGCGGAUAUCGAACACCGCUUCCUGACUGUAGAUGAGAUUGGGGAGGAAGAGGAAGAGUCCGAGGCAAAAGCUGAGAAUACGUCCAAACAAAAUCCCAAGGAACCCACGGGCUGGAGGGGACGACCACGGAAGAGACCACUGCAAAGUGAUGAAGGCGGCAAAGACUCCCCACAGCAGGCUACCCCCGAGACAUGUAAAGGUGCUGCAACAAAGUCAUCCCCAGCUAAAACAACUAAGUCUAAAGGCAGUGACCAGGGAACAGCCGACCAGCAACCAGACGUCACCGCUGCAACUCCUGAUAAAUCACAAACCGCUAAAGAGAAACCAGGUGCCGAAACUCCAGCCAAGAAGACAAAACUAGAAACUCCAUUAGCGGAAAAGAAACUGGAACCGUUUAACUCCAAUACCCCAGUCGGAUUGGAAUUUCUUGUACCUAAAACAGGAUAUUUCUGUAAAUUGUGUUCCCUUUUUUACAUGGACAAUUCAUCGAAGCUAAAGCACUGCAAAACUCUGCGACAUUACCAAGCAGUUGAGAAACACUUAGCUCAGUCGAAAGAAUCUUCGGAAGAGAAGCCUUCCAGCACGUGAUCGACACAGACUCAGCCACAUGAAGUCGACCAUUGUUAUUGGGUCCAUAGUGUUCAUUUUCUUAGGGCAGAUGUUUAUGUUGUAAUGUAAAGCACUCGCUAGAAUAUAUAUAUAUAUUUUUUUUUUCUUUGUAGAUUUUACCAGGGGAGAGUCUUUACAUGGGUGUGCUAAAUAUUCCCAUGCCACAUUUAUGUUAGAUUCGAGUUUUGGGACUCUGGUAUUCGCCCCCAUUACUGUAAUGUGAUUUUUUUUUUUUUUUUUUUUUUAUUAUUUUUGGCCACGGGCCAAUCCACCCCUUUACUUCUAAAUUUCUCAAAGCUUUUCUAAGUUAUACACAGCGGUUACACGUUCCUAAUGUCGCCAUCAGUUGUAUUUUGGCAGAAAAUUGUAUAAAAAUGUCUCCUCUUCUGUUUAGUUUUUACACAGGAUUAUUUUAUAUGAAGUAUGGCUCCCCUGUCACUAACUCAAUGACAUUCACGCUUUGAGCACUGGUGAGUAGGUUUGAUCUGCCUCACCUUUGUUAUAGAUGAAUUAGGGACGCCUUUUUUUUUUUUUUUUCCGUCAUCUUUUUGCAAAUAUGUGCAAAACAAAAGCUGUAACAAAGUGCAUUUCUAAAUAAAUAGAAAAGUGUU